AUGGUAGCCAAUCAGCUUCUACAUUCAGCUUGUUCAAUUAAGCCUUAACAAAAAACCCUGGAAGCUGAUUGGUUUUUAUGCAGAGCUGCACCAUAUUUUGCAUUCUCCAGUUUAAGUAAAUAAACCCCACUGUGUCUUAAAAUUAACCUCUCUGGAGGUAUUCCCGAGUGUAGCUCAGGUAAAGUUUCAGUACCAAAAAUGGUAACCCUCGAGCUACACUCGGGAAUACCCUGCAGCGUUGCUCUGGGAUCCCUCCUGCACUUACCUUAUCCUUCGCUCCUACAAUGUCCCCCCUGCAGCAUCCCCAGACAUCUCCUCUGGCCAAUGCCAGCAUCCGUCUUCCGGGUUCCGUUCCCUGACUGCGAGUGUCAGGACGUACGGGGACGCACGGAACCGGCGGAAAAUUAAAAAAUGUUAAAAAGCGACAUUCACUAAAUACACUAA